CAGCGGCAGUGUGCAGAUUCCCGCCUGGAGCCUCCCUGUCUCCACCACCAGCCCUGGAGCACAGGCAGCCCCUUCCCUGCAGCAGCAGCAGCAGCAGCAGCAGCAGCAACAAUUGCACGCGGUUGCAGCAGGCCCUGAGCGGCAUGCAUGCUCUGCUUGGCUGUGCACAGUGGAGGUUCUCACUGGCCCGCACUCCUCUCUGAGCAAGCCCGAGAGAAAAGCAGCGCGACUGGAGCUGACCCUGCAAGCAGCCGUCGGGCUGAAAGUAAUUGCUGUGGAUGAACAACUACGAGUCAUCUAUGAAGACAAUGUUAAUUUUGACAAAGAUCUUCCAGAGUUUGGCACUCAAGGUGGUGUCUAUGUUCACAGUGACAGACUGACAGUGACUUCUCCCGUAUUAAUGUGGAUCAAGGCUCUGCACGUGAUCUUGGACAAGAUGAAGUCAUCUGGAUUUAACUUCUCCAGAGUAAGAGCUUUGUCUGGAGCUGGACAGCAACAUGGGAGUGUCUACUGGAAAGAAGGAGCAAAGGUUCUUUUGCAAAACACUUCACCUGAUCUUCCUUUACAUCAAUCACUGAAGUCUUGUUUUUCAGUCAGCAACAGCCCUGUUUGGAUGGAUUCCAGUACCAAUGCCCAGUGCUGCUCUCUAGAGAAAGCUGUUGGAGGUGCUCAGAAACUUGCUGACAUCACUGGCUCAUGUGCCUAUGAGCGUUUUACAGGAAACCAGAUAGCGAAGAUUUACAGCCAGAACCCUGAGGUCUACGCACAAACUGAGAGGAUCUCUUUGAUCAGCAGCUUUGCAGCCUCUCUUUUUCUAGGUGCUUAUGCUCCCAUCGAUUAUAGUGAUGGUUCUGGCAUGAAUUUACUGCAGUUCCGUGAGAAAGUAUGGAGCCCAGUCUGUCUUAAUGCUUGUGCUCCUGGAUUAGGAGAAAAACUGGACUAUCCUGUACCAUCCAGCAAAAUACUGGGGUCCAUUUCAUCAUAUUACAUCCGGCGCUAUGGGUUCAAUUCUGAAUGUAAAGUUAUAGCAUUUACUGGCGAUAAUCCAGCGUCGCUGGCAGGAAUGAGGCUUGAAGAAGGGGACAUUGCAAUUAGCCUUGGCACUAGUGAUACAUUGUUUCUCUGGAUUAAAGAUCCAAAGCCUGCUUUAGAAGGUCACAUCCUCUGCAGCCCGGUUGAUUCACAAGCAUACAUGGCCUUGUUGUGUUAUAAGAACGGUUCUUGGAUGAGAGAGAAGAUUCGGGACGAACUUGCCUCUGGAUCGUGGGAAGAAUUCUCCAAAGCAUUACUUUCUACGCCUGUUGGAAACGAUGGAAAUGUGGGUUUUUAUUUUGAUGUGAUGGAGAUUAUACCUAAAGCGGUGGGAAUCCACAGAUUCAACGCACACAACAACCGAAUUCCAACAUUUCCUAAGGAAGUGGAAAUACGAGCCUUGAUUGAAGGACAGUUCAUGGCCAAAAGGAUUCAUGCUGAAAAGCUGGGAUAUAAAAUCUUGCCAACAACAAGAAUCCUGGCUACCGGUGGGGCUUCCUACAAUAAAGAAGUCUUACAGGUCCUGUCGGAUGUGUUCAGUGCUCCAGUUUACACUAUUGACACUGCUAAUUCAGCCUGUUUAGGAUCUGCCUACCGAGCAAUUCAUGGACUUGUGGCAGAGACAAAUGCGUCCUUGAAUGAUGUUGUGAAAUUAGCACCAGGACCCAAAUUAGUUGCUACUCCGGCGGCUGGCGUGGCUCAGGUCUACCAAGCUUUGCUUAAAAGAUACAUGGGACUUGAGCAGCAAGUGCUGAACAAGCCAAAGUAACAUCCUGUGAGAGGACCAGAAAUCAAGCAUAGACUUCUUUAAAUGAAAAGCAAAUUGAAGAUGAGAAGAAAUUGCACCAGUGAUGAUUGCAGUUGUGUAACACAUUCCUUCAUUUUGUACUUAGACUUGAGAGAUUGAUUUGAUAUUUUCUAAGAGCUGGGCUACAAAUACUGUUGGUUCUGCAAAUGAGAGAGAUGAGUGAAGAUGUGCUCCAAGGAGCUAGGGAUGAUCCCUCUCUUCUCCAGGUCAGCCCAGUUUAUUUUAUCUCUUUGUCUCUGUGUCUACCAUGAGUGGAUGUCCAAUGUCCAUAUAUCCUUCUGCCUUUCCUUGUUAUCUCUCUUCCUACUAUCAUAGUACUGGACAAUAGAAAGCAUUAAUGACCUAAACAACUUGAGGCCCACCAAGCCAAGUGAUAGAUGUAUUGCCUCCUUCCAGGAGCUUGGCUAUCCUCUCUUUUUGUAAUCUGCAUCAGGAAUAAAAAAACAGGAGGUAUAUUGAGCCUCUGAUGGGUCAUUAGUGAACUGCAUUCAAUACGGCAGAUUGCAGGUUGUGCAAGCCAGCUCAGCAUCCUCUAUUCCCCAUGCAAUUGUGGAAUUCAGCACUUGUGAAUCCUAGCCCCCUAUUCAAGUGUGUAGCUUCCGAGAAAAGCUCACAUACACAGGCAGCACUGCACAAAGGCUCAGGACAUAUUCACCCUACAAACUUACUAUCAUUUUUCCUUAAUUGUCACGACUUCCCCACAAGGAAUCUUGGGAAUUGUAGUUUGGUGCAGUUUCUGAGAAUAAUUCUUGUCUCCUUCCUGCUCUGUGCCUCCUUCCACUCGAUCCUAAUUGUUGCCUAGCCAUAAUCCAUGGGGUAUUUCUCCUCUACAUUCCUUUCUGUAACACAAUUCAUUGUUAAAAUAAAAAAAGGAGGAACUCAUGUAAAUUCUUUGAAAACUUGAAUUGUGGAUGCAAAAUAAAUAGAAGCAAAAUAAAACUAGAUUAACACUAUUCA